GGCAACAGAGGAAACGGCCCUUUUCCAAUGACGACGGAGACUAAGAACGAGACGGGCUGGCUGGCUGUGUUGCUGCUGGAAGUGCUGGUAGUGUUGGUGCGGUGAGAGAGUAGAGGGGGCAGAUGCGGGUGCGGUAGAGCCUCGCGAGGGAGGGAGGGAUGUGCCAGGACUCUCGGCCUGCUGGCUAUGGUGAGAUCGACCUAGCCCAAGGAGCGGACACGGAAUCGGUGCGAGUAGGCAGGGCAGACCAGGCAGGCAGGGGUGGGAGGGGGAGGGGGGCAGGAGGAUGGUGUGCCGGAUGGCCUUACACCGGCUUAGCGAGGAGGGGUUGUUGUUGCUGUUGUUGUUGUUAUGGUGACCAUGGUGUCCGGCACGUGUGACCGUGCCUGCUAGUCUCGUGUUUUUUUGUUGCGGUGUCUAAGGAGCUCAAGGCCCAGGUGGCGUGUUGAUAGUCCCAAUCAUCCCCGUGGUUGAAUAGAUUUGAAGCGGUUUGAAUUGGAGAAUCCUUUACAUCGUUUUAGUCGUGUGUGCGCGCGCGCGCGAGAGGGUUUCGUGGAGUUUGCAGUGUGCGAGGUGGUGUUAUUGCUGCUGUGUUGGUUUGGUUUGGGUGGAUAGCGGUGGUUCCGUGUGUGGAUGAAAACCCUAGGUUUAAGAGGUGGACGGAAGCGGGGGGAGGAUAUCGGCACUUUGCUCCGAGGGUGGUUUGGGGUUGUCUUUAGGGUUGUUGGGAGAAUCAGGGGAAUACAUCCUUGCCGUGGAACUCCAGUGCCCAUGGUAUUUUUAGCAGGAGAUGCUCGUAUUCGUUGCUGAGACUAGGUUCUUGAGAGUAGUCAGCUGUUUUUGUGAGUAGAUUGGCUUGGAGCUUUCGGGUGCGGUGGAAACUUUACAAGGAAUAGGUCGAUUGGAAGACUUGGUCGGGCUGGCUAAAGGGCGGCUAAGUGACUGGUGAAAAAUAUUGGUGGCGUAGAGCAUGGAAGAGCUGGGUUGAACUCUUUCUCACAGUCCGCACCACUAUACUUCAAGCUCCUAGUUUUUACCUUUAUUUCCUGGAGAUGCCGUUGUCAAUGUUUUCGACGAAUGUGUGCGAACAGUGGCAUUUCCCCCCUUCCAUGAUUGGAGGUAAUAUGUUCUCAGGGACAGAAAACAGAAUUGCCUAUUCCAGUGGCGUUUGUCAGAGGUAGAGUGUAGAAAUGGCGAGCGAAGUUGUGCUGGAGUAUUGACAGGACCAGGAGUUUGGCAACUUUCCUCGAAGGAAGGACCAGAACUUUCGCGUUGGUACUGACGGUUAUGGAGAUCGAGAAUGAAUUCAUUAUGUCGCAGGAUGGUUACGCAUCCAUUGAUUUUACGUUGCUGGAUCGACCAAACAACAACAUUGCUUCAGCACCAGAGGCUACUGCUGUCCUGCUUCCAGAUGGGCAUGCAACAGAUUCUUCGUUUCCUUCGUUUGAACUGUUAGACGGUUCGGGAGUGGUUGGUCCUUACGGUUAUGCUCCUGAAAGUAACGAAAAUCAGUCGCUGAAGCAAUCAAGGGAUGGUUCGGAGAAACAGCUCUACAAGGAACAAGCGAUGCACUCAAAUGCUGAUGAUGGGGUAGCUGCUAGCGAUGUGGAUUACGCAGAUUAUCAGAUUCCUCAUCCAGUAUCAAAGCCUGUUUCUAGUGUAGACUUUUUUGCCAAAACGCAAGCACCUCAGCCACAAGAGCAGCAGUCGCAGUUAUCGCUGUUUGGUAGUGAUGGAGCCGAGGAAAAUCAGGAAUUCUUUGAGGCAGGCCAGACCUCUCAGCAGCCUCAGCCGGCAGCUAAUAGUUGGUGGGUGCCUGAGAAUACUUGGAUGGCCAAUAAUAACCAGCGAGAACAAUCACAGGUUUACAACUGGGCAGCAAUGACUGAAGAUCAAAGAAGAGCAAUGCAGUUGAAGAUUGGGGGUGCACAAAGUAGCUCGGAAUAUCCAGGAGCCAUGUAUUCUAUGCCACAAUCAGUAAAUAGUGAUCCGACCCCCUCUAUGUACUCUUUUUUGCCUACGAAUUCUGCUCAGCCUCACAAGAUCCCUCAACCAGCUGAGGCAGGUCUAAAUGCAUCAAGACUAGAUAAUGUGCAGGGUUCCACUACUGAAAAGAAUUCUCAAUAUGACUUUCAGGGCCUUUUCAAUGGAUCCGGAUUUCCGCAUGCCGGAUCUCUUGCACAAAACAUGGGUCUAGCCGAGCAACAGCGGUAUAGAGCUAUGAUGCAAGAAGCCAGCAGCAGAGAACAGCAGAUGCGAGAGCAGCAGGCACGGAUGCAAGAAGCUAGGAAUCGAGAACAUCGAGAGCAGCAGCUUCGAAUGCAAGAAGCUAGUAGCAGAGAGCAGCAGAUGCGAGAACAGCAGAUGUGGGCGCAAGAAGCUAGGAAUCGAGAGCAUCAGCUUCGAAUGCAAGAAGCCAACAGCAGAGAGCAGCUGCGCAGAGAGCAGCAGCUUAGGGAACAACAAGCUCUGGAGCAGCAGCGUCGAAUUCAGCAGGAAACGACCACUAGAGAACAACAGCUUCGAAUGCAGGAAGUGAGUAACAGAGAGCAGCAACUUCGCUUGAAAGAAGCUAGCAGCAGAGAACAGCAGCUUCGAAUGCACGGGCAACAGAACCAGAACUUCAACAAGUAUGACAAUCAGACCAUGGAGGUCUCACCAUUGAAGGUUAGUGACUACGAUUUCUUGAGUGGUGAUUACACGAUGAAGGGGCAACCUCAGUCAGAUGUUAGGCAGCAACAGCUUGACGAAGGUGAAGCUCAGAUGUGGAGGCAGCAGCAGCAGCAGCAGCAGCAGCAGCAACGUCACCCGCUGCCAGCAUGGCAGCAACCUCGCCAGUUAAGCUCUUAUGCCAAUAACACUCAUGAAGAUCUGCAACAACGUCAACAAGCUCAGGCCAAGCAGCGUUUGCAGCAGCGUUCCCAGCAGCAACAAUUAUUUGCUGGAAAUCAGAAUCAAGCCUCCGGCAACCAGUUCCAAGCGUUUCUUGGUGAAGGUUCUUUACAUGAUUUACCGCAAGUGAUGCAACAGCAACCUGAGCGUGUUAAUCCUCAGCAUAUGGGUAUUGAUGGUCAACCUCCUUUUAUGCACCCAAAUUUACAAGCAGUUAACCAAAACAAUGCUGGGAGCCUUAUGUACUCUAAUCAGAAUGAGACUGGAGCUGGGCAGGGCUCUAUUAAUUAUCUUCUGGGACAAGACAACAGUUUCAGCUGGCAUCAAUUGGCUAUGAAAGCUUCUGGGCUUGAUCAAUCCAUGCAUGCAUCUGCUGCAACUAGCAGUAAGACUGGUCAGCAGUCAAACCCCUACGCGAACGUACAGGGUGGAGGUGUACCGGCAUUCCUGGGCGGGCUGGGCAAGCACCCGGCACCUCCGGCACAAAUCAACAGGCCUAUUCCUCGUAGUCUUGGAGCAGGGCCGUCGCCUUUGCUUGAAAUGGAAGGUCGUUCGGCCGUUCCAGAUCUUCAGCCUCCGAAGGCUAAAAUGUUGUUCGGACAAGCUAUGCAACAGCAGUCGCAACCUCAGGCAGUGAAUCAUAUGCAAGGGUUCCCUGGUAGUUCACACCUGAGUAAUCAUUCUCCAGCUAACCGACAAGUCCUAGAAGAAGCGCAGAGACUUCAACAACAGAAUAUUAGGGGGAAUGCUGUUCAGCAAGAUGGGGCUCCCCAUGUUAAGCUAUUUUCUCAAAGUCUAACAUCAUUGGAUCCUAUUCAACAGCAGCAACAGCAACAACAGCAACAACAUAAUCUGAUGGUACCCAGCAGAAAUGCUCAAGGUGUACAGGGUCGUCCUGUUAAUAUGAUGCGACCGAUGCCGCAGGCAAGGAGUGCAUAUCUGGCAGGUAAUUUUGGACAUAAUUACCAGCAAGGUAUUCAUCAGGCGGGUGGCUCCUUCUUGCAGAAUGUGAACGAUAGGAAACAGCAGCCUAUGUGGAACAACUACGAAAUGGAUCCAGAUGCAUCGCAGGUUGAGGUUCCAGUGGUUUUGCCAGGAAAUACGGAUUCCACGCUCAAGAGCAACAGCUGGUCUGGUGGGAGUGAAGGCCAUGGUGCUCCUGAUACUGACAACUCUUUAGCCUUUGAGAGGUCGAAGGUGCAGCAAAACGCAUGGGGAGCUCAUGGUGCUCAACCAAGUAAUUCUCAGUCAUCGGGUGAGCUUGGUUCGAGACACCAUAAUACUCCAAGUGGCUCCAUCGUUCAACAGGGAACUCCGAAGUCUACUGCCGUACAUCCUUUAGCUGCUCAUGGAAACAGUGGUAUCAUCCAUCCUGGGUCAUUGCAGUCGGGGGCAUCGAUGAUGGAACUUUCUGAGCUGGAGGCGAAUGGGAGGCAGCCGGAAUUGCAGAACUCUCAGGAGGAAAGCAAUUGGCGCAACCACAGCUUGUUGCAAGCUAGCUCUCAACAAUCAGUACCUACUAAUCCGUCUUUUCAGGCAUUUACGGAUAUUGAUCGUGGACAGACGAGCUGGAAGAGCUUGUGGCAAAGUGUGCAAAAUUCAGGGAACUCAAAUCAGCUAUCUGAGACAGUUAAAGAGCAGCAGAGCGCAAUGUGGGCGCAAAACAACGCCCAUGUGGCACGAUCGCAGUCUGAGUUAUCUGAUGAUCCAAAUGCAAGGGUAACACAGGGUGGUUGGGGUGGUGGUCAAGGCACGAUGCCGGCUGCUAUUAGCGUAGAAAGUCAACGUGUCACUAGGGAUGAGCAUCAGGUAAUGCUUUCAAGAAGCCCACAGCCUGUUCAGGGUUUCCAGGAUGUUGACGGAAGGCAGCAAUUGAACAAUCAGGGUCCAAGCUUCCAGGAGGCUAUGAGCCAGGCAUCUUUGAGCGAAAAUGAUCCUAGCCCAGCAAGUCGGCACAUUGAUCAAGCCAGUUCAUUUUCUCAUCGUAUGGAUAGGGAUGGAAAUGCCAUAAUUCAGAAUCCUGAUCCCGUUGUCCAUAGUGCCAACUUUCCUGUGGAGCACCAGACAUCAAUGAGCAAAGCCAACUUUCCUGUGGAGCACCAGACAUCAAUGAACAAAGCCAACUUGCAGAAUCAGGGGAGGAAUAGUGCUUGGGCCUCUGAUACUAGGCAUAGUCUUGACGACACAGUGAUGGACGGUAGCGGUCAGCAGGAGGGUAGGUUACAGCUGCAGCUAAGCAACCAACAAGCAGAGAAUCGGUUGUCCUCUAUGAUGAAUGCUGGAGCUUCUAGCAUGCGAGAGGAAUCCUCACGGUCCCAACCACUCCGGUCGAUGAAUGCAGUGGCUAGCUAUAGGCACCAAAAUGGUGGUGAAAGGUUUACUCCGAUGAAUGGAGCCACAGACGAUGCCAUGGCAGGAUGGGCACAUGCAGCUAAUCAAAUCCGAACCGAGCAGUCCAAGGUUGGAGUGAGAGCACUUCAGCCAAGCAAUGUGGGUGGAAACGUGGGCAAGGAAUAUUUUACACCACCAAGACCUGGAAGUGCUUGUGAUGAGCACACAGCCUACGCUAAUAGUAUGUUAGCUCACAGAGCGCGGUACUCUGGCCGUAGAGACAUGGGUGAUCCUGGAAGAAAUACUUUGGAGCUGUUGAAUCAGGCAGAGCAGGGUGAGAAAAUUGGAGAAGCCAUGGAAGAACAAGAUGGAACAGCAUUGGAGGAUGCUGCUGCACCUGUUACUGCUUCUUUUGCACACUUGAGACCAGGACCCAUGGGAACCAGCCCUCUGCAACGUCCCACCCCUUCGCGACCAGAAUUAAUGUCAAGGGAACAGGUGGAGCUACAACUGUCGAGGAAUAAUGAGGGUUGGCAUCAAGGCAGGAACCUAAUGCAUGAAUUUAGUAGGCAGGAGUCUACUGCAUAUGCACAGGCUCAAAUGCAAUCUCAAAUGCAGGCUCAGAUGCAGGCACAAAACAUGCGAGCUGCGCAGUUACAGGCUGAAAAUCUGCCAAGACAUGGCCCAAUGCAAGAUAGGAUGGCCAUGAAGCCUGCCUUGCUUGGUGUUAACAGGCACUUCCCUAACGACAUGUCUAGGCAGAAAGCUGAGAACUUGUACAAAAGCCUGAGUCAAGCAGCUAAAAUGCAGUUUCAACAGCAACUGCAACAGAGUCAAAGAGCUAACGCAGCUGCCCAUUCAAUGGAUCAUCCAAAUAUGUCAUCCGGCUUAGAUCCUAGAAUUGCAGCACAGCAACAUAUGUCCAGAGUGGGAUUUGCAGAUAGACCAGCAAUGCCUGCAGGGAUUUCCACUGGCAAACAGUCGACUACACUUGAGAUGGUUGCUGGCCAACCUGGCCAAGUUGGUGUUGGAUUAGCCCAAAAUCAACCUGGUGCCUUGCAGCAACUGCAGCAGAUGAAGCAAGCAACUCCAGUUACACCUCUUUUUAAAAAAAGAAAAGAGUAUCCACCACUUGUACCCUGGCGCACCACCAUUUCACAAGGGUCUACGAAUCUUCCAACGACAAGCCGUGCUGAGAUGGAGUGGGCUGCAGCAACCAACUCUGUUCCAGACCAGGAACGUUUCAACGACGCCGUGGAGACACUUGAUAUUACGGCAAUGUGUGUAAAGCGGGCAAAGAGGCGAUUGAAAUUCACCACUCAACUUAUGCAGCAGAUUGUUCCAGCUCUCCCCUGUCAGUUGUUUAAGGAGAGUACCUUGGAUGAUUAUAAAUCUGCCACUUUUGUGCUUGCUAAGUUUGCAGUGAGCGAAGCUUGUUGGCUAGCCACUGGUUUGAACAGGGAAAUUCCUUGCGCUGUUGCUAUUGAAGCUAUUGAAGAGAGUGCAGAAAACGGCAAUGGAGAUAAUUCAUCUGUAAAGAGUGAGCAGCAGCUUGCCGUAGUUAAACGAACCAGCGCACUUGGGCUUCCAAGCAAAUUAAAGGUGCAAUUCAAACAAAAAAUGACAGAUCUGCAGGGCGUAUUGUCAAGAUUGGAAAGAGCACCUACUGCAUCGAAGCUCUCAAGGGAAUUACAUGAUCUUGACAAGUUGGUAGUGUUGAAUCGGAUGGCGAGGGUCAAUGGCAAUGAAUUUGUAGCUGGAUUAUCUAGUCCAAACGGUAGUCCUCGUGGCAAGCUAGAAGCACAUCGUGAAGCCCCGCUGGUGUACAGCCCUGAGAAUGCGUAUCCUGAAAGAUUUGUAGCUGCUGUAUUUGUUCCUCAAAGGAUUCCAGACAACUUAAUGCUACUUCCAUUGUAACAAAAGGAGAAGGUUAGGUUGACAAGGAAUGGAAUCUCUGUAGGCCAUUAGGGGUUAUAUAGAGGAGCAUUCUUUGCCUUUCAUCUAGACUUAGUGUAAGGUAAUACAUCAGAGACAUGUUUCAUGUCCAGCUUCCGCUCAAAGCGGGUGUCAAAUCCACCACCAAUCUCUUAUGAGUUUCGCACUCGACAAAUUAUACUCGGCUUUGGUUCAGUCUGCUGAGUCAUUGAAACAUUCCUGGAGCUCUACAAAUGGAUUCCAUUAUGGAAUCCUCGGCAGCUGAUUAUUUUGAUGCUGGCUCUGACAUGGUGUGACCAAUCGCACCUUUGUAAAUGUUGUCAAAUUUACCAUCUUGUGAACAAUGUGAUCACGUUUUUGUUAUUCUUCGCAAA